GGAAGGGAGCGGGGACCUGCCCUUCGCCUGCCGGCUUCUGGAAGAAGCGUCUCCCGUUUCGGCCCCGGAAUAAGAAACCCGGACCUUGCCUGCCGGGCUCCGCGAUGCCGCAGGUUUAGAAUGGAGUUCAGAUACCAUACCCCAAAGAUGCUGGCAGAGACAUUCUGACUCAUUAAGGGAGAGCCGGCUGAUAGCAGAGAGGGGUGACAUCAGCCUUGCAGACAUUGCCCUGGGGAAUUCUGAGCAGUGUUGUACAGCACCACCUGGCCAGAUGGAGACCACCAUGGGGUUCAUGGAUGACAAUGCCACCAACACCUCCACCAGCUUCCUUUCUGCGCUCAACUCUCAUGGAGCCCAUGCCGCUUCCUUCCCAUUCAACUUCAGCUACGGCGACUAUGAUAUGCCUUUGGAUGAAGAUGAGGAUGUGACCAAUUCCCAGACUUUCUUUGCUGCCAAGAUUGUCAUUGGGAUGGCCCUGGUGGGCAUCAUGCUGGUCUGUGGCAUUGGCAACUUCAUCUUUAUCGCUGCCCUGGUCCGCUACAAGAAACUGCGCAACCUCACCAACCUGCUCAUCGCCAACCUGGCCAUCUCUGACUUCCUGGUGGCCAUUGUCUGCUGCCCCUUUGAGAUGGACUACUAUGUGGUGCGCCAGCUCUCCUGGGAGCACGGCCACGUCCUGUGCACCUCUGUCAACUACCUGCGCACUGUCUCUCUCUAUGUCUCCACCAAUGCCCUGCUGGCCAUCGCCAUUGACAGGUAUCUGGCUAUUGUCCACCCGCUGAGACCACGGAUGAAGUGCCAAACAGCCACUGGCCUGAUUGCCUUGGUGUGGACGGUGUCCAUCCUGAUCGCCAUCCCUUCCGCCUACUUCACCACCGAGACGGUCCUCGUCAUUGUCAAGAGCCAGGAAAAGAUCUUCUGCGGCCAGAUCUGGCCUGUGGACCAGCAGCUCUACUACAAGUCCUACUUCCUCUUUAUCUUUGGCAUCGAAUUCGUGGGCCCCGUGGUCACCAUGACCCUGUGCUAUGCCAGGAUCUCCCGGGAGCUCUGGUUCAAGGCCGUCCCUGGAUUCCAGACCGAGCAGAUCCGCAAGAGGCUGCGCUGCCGCAGGAAGACGGUCCUGGUGCUCAUGUGCAUCCUCACCGCCUACGUGCUGUGCUGGGCGCCCUUCUACGGCUUCACCAUCGUGCGCGACUUCUUCCCCACCGUGUUCGUGAAGGAGAAGCACUACCUCACUGCCUUCUACAUCGUCGAGUGCAUCGCCAUGAGCAACAGCAUGAUCAACACUCUGUGCUUCGUGACCGUCAAGAACAACACCGUCAAGUACUUCAAAAAGAUCAUGUUGCUCCACUGGAAGGCUUCUUACAAUGGCGCUAAGUCCAGUGCAGACCUGGACUUCAAGACGAUCGGGAUGCCUGCCACCGAAGAGGUGGACUGCAUCAGACUAAAAUAACCCCCUGGACUUUGCAAAGUUUAAACACAAAGCAGGGUCCUGUGGACACUGACUAGUGUGCUUGGAUGCACAUCAACCUGGAACUUUUUGUUUGCUGCAGAGGGCAAAGUAAACGGACCACUCUGUGAACAAUGUUUUCAAGGAGCUCAGAGUUUCUAAAAUGCAUGUGACCAGACACUAUCAACAGUGGCAUUUGCUGAAUGUCUAAUUUGCACACCAGUAGGUACUGGUAAAACCUAUAUAUGUUGAUGACAUUUAGUUGGCAAAAUGAAAUUGGAAUUAAACCAAGGAAAAUGUGGUGGUGUAGAUAGAAGUAACGGAGUUUCCACAAAAGAACUGGAGUAGGUAUCUAGGAUUGCAGUACAUGUGUUCGUAGUGUGAGAGUAUCUCUGGGCCAUCCACCUACUCAUCAGACACUAAUCUAGCCCAUCUCUGGGAAUAUUCUUCCGCUGGAGUUCAUGCCUAACAUUUGCAAGCCUGGAGCAAGAAUACGAAAGAGACUCUAGGCUCCUUCUGCAGCCCUUCUCCUCUCAUCUUUCAUGGUGAGGGGCCUUGCAUGCAUGUGCAUGGACACCCCGGUAUUCAUGGCCAAGUUCUGUGCAAACUCUUCCUCCCACACUGCUCUAUGGCCACCCUCAGGCCCAGGGCUCUGCACAUAGGUGGUAAGGCUCUUCAUCAGAAAGACUGGCUUGGUGAAGAAGACACAUAGACCCUGGAUGCCAUUUGGACAGGGAAUUAUGGGGUUCUGGGUACCUGGAGUAAGUCCAGAGGGGGAAGCCUGGAUUCAGGGUAGGCAUGUCCCCUGGCUCCAUGGACUUUUUGCCUUCAGUGAGAAGGGAGGUGCAAGUGGAGGAGAGUCAGAACAGGAAGGCAAAACUGGAAGCAUGUGGGGCUCAUUGCAGCUCAGGUGUGGCAGGGGCUCAGGCUCUCCAGGUAUACAGAUGAUACUGUUCCCACCUGUUAUUUCAUUUGGACCAAUUAGGCUUCCCGUUAAGUCCUUCCCUUCCCUCUCAUGCCUCCACGCUUGCAAAACAUAGAAUCUUUGAAAGUGGACACAAUACCUCCUGGAUAUGGCCUUCAUUCAUUUUUCUGUUUUCACCAGCUCUCAAAUGUGAGUGAUGAAGAGUUCCCUCCUAACCAGACAGCAUGGUAAGGUAUCCUCAUCCAUAUGAUUUGAGGGCAAGAUAUCCUUAUUACUGGCGCCUGAAUCCCAUCCCAGUCUUUGUUCCUUUGGAUUAAGACUUGCUUUGCUUAUAAAAUAGGGGUCCUCUUAGGAGGGAUAAGCCACACAUUUCUAGUCCUCAGCAUGAAUGAAGUCAUGUGAUCCAGUGGCAGGGGAUGCAGGUCAGAUGCAUAUUCCAGAAGUCUGUGGUGCCCUGGGCAUCCAGGAAAGAAGGGGACAUACAGAUGGGUAGCGUCAGACCAAACAAUGAGCUUCAGUGACCCCACAGGUUGUUAAAGACUCAUCUCACUUUCUAACUUGCCUCCUUUGUUUGAUGUUUUGAGUUUUGGAGUUUGGUAUUUUGGAGCUGAAAGAUCUGAGAGCCAGACUUGACUCUGUCAACUGUGUAGCCCUGGGCAAAGCCCCUCCGAGGGGACAAAGGUAACACCUGUGAUACCUUCUGACCGAGGGGCUGUGAGAAGCCAAUGAAACAAUACGUGGGAGAUGCCUUCAACCACACAAGUUAUCAAAAGGAUGGACUAGGAACUGUGUGUAGUGCACCUGGACAAGAAAAACCUCUUACCUUGGCUUGUGUAUCCAGAAACCUGGCUGUCUCCACUUUUAUUUUUCUUUGUGUAAAUUAUUCCUUUGCGCUUCGUAACAGUGCUGUAUGCAUUAUGUGCCUAAUAGCAUGGUUGUGCAAACAAGGUCAUGAGAUUUGCUGGUAGACGCAUAAAAGAAAGGGUGGCUGGGUCUCUGGUUAGAAGAUGAGUUUAGGGGUUUGGAAACUCCAGAAUCGGAGUAUCUUUGUGAUACUGGAAGUGCUGAUCAUGUUUUCAUGCCUGUUCCUAGCCAGCAUGAAUCUGGGCAAUGGAAUAGUUGUUUCUCAAUCUGUUUUUAUUCUCACGAGUGUGUAGAGCUACAGCGUGGACUUGUCUUUUUCUUAUUUAACUCUAGAGCAGCACACUUACAAGGUUAUUUAAGUGGCAUCUGUGUGACAUGUUCCCCUCCAAAUAUAGUCAACUCCUUAUUUUGGGCAGCAAAGUUUAUUUUGUAUAGUUACUUUAUUUCCCUGAAAGACACAUUACAAAAACCUAUUUAUUUCUUCCCAUUUAUUACCCAGUAGACUUACCCUACAAUUUAAUCAG